UAACUUUACUGUCAAUAACUCGUACGCAAGGUAGCGUUAAUAAAAUGUUUACGCGGAAGGUUUCUUGGUCUCGCCGACUUGCCGUAGCAGUCUCGUUUCCAUGGUGACCAUACCAAACACUCACUCUCUCACUCCAGCUGAUUUAACGUUGAGCUAAUUUUCACGUUUAAAGUUUUAAAUGUGUGACCAGGAGGAGAUUGAUAAAUUCUUCACCGUGUUUGAGGGCUCUUCUCCGGAGGACGUGUCCCACGCCAGGAGUCUCUGGAGCUCGCAGUCGCUCCUGCCGCCGCUGGAGUCCCGCCUCGUGUCCGCAGACAUCCGCCAGAGGCUACCCGUGUCCCGGCCAAGAGGAGUGAGCAGCACCGCCGGUCCCAAACAGUCGGUCCAGGUCCAGCAGCCGCAGCUGAGCGUCCACGCUCUCCGGCAGAGACAGGAGGACAGACGGCGGUAUGAAGCCAUGGCGGACCAGAGGAAGGAGAUCCUGGCGCUGCUGAGGAGGCACAGGGAGCAGAGGAUCCAGAAGGAGAUGAUCUCUGCGGACUUUAAACCGAAGGUCAAGUUGGGCCAAGAGAAGCAGACCCAGUUUGAAAACUCCUCAGACUCUGAAAUGGACAUGGAGUUGGUGCAACAGCUGCAAUAGAGACCCCCCAAAAAAUAUGCAUUGAUUGAUGUUUAUAGAGGAGAUGAUAUGUCAUGAAAAAAAAAAGUCAAUAGGCCUAAUUAAAACAAUAGCCUACAUGCAGCUCUUUCUCUAUGUGAAAGGUUUGAGUCAGAAUGCACUUGAGUGGUAGCAAACAGCUUCAGAUGUUUAUAUUUGACUCAUUUACACUUGACUUAAUGUAUUUUUUUUUUAAUUAAGUUUUUAACAUUUCCUUAAAACGACAUCACAAGAAUGAAGCAGCGGCCUUAUUCCAUAUUUAUGAAGGAUUCAAUCAUUUGAGUGUUUCAUGUUGUGAGCUACAGCUGCCAGUAACACAGCAGUUCACUUCAAACAGCCUUACAUAAGGUGAAGUGAAGCCUGUGUGGAUAUUCAAAUUCCAAAUAUCCAGUGGAGAAGGCCCAACCAUAAUAGGAUAAGAAGAGACCGGCUGGAUGUUGACUUUAGCUAAUUUGGGUAAAGUUUUCAAAGCACAAUGAGCACACAGAAGCAGAGGUAUCCUUAAGUAGCUUUUAAGUGAUCCUCUAUAUUGAAUCAAUCUCUGACUUCAACCAUCACUAACUUCGCGCUUACAAUUAAAAAAAAAUAAUUUUACCUUUGAAGAAAAGAGUCUGGUUAAUGUUGUGGAAUGUAUUAAUGUAGGUUUAAACAGAGGUAGCACUAUACUUAGUCAUAAAAAUAGAACAGUUUGGGAAUAUACUGAGGUUAUUAACAGCUAAAGAAGAAUAUUAUUUUAUGUUCUGGAAGAAGAAAAUGAUGUAACUGGCUUGCAAAGCAACACGAUAAAAUAAAAUAUUAUUUUAUCACAUUAAUACUUGU